AUGCUGUCCAACAAUUAUAUACAUAGCUUCAAAAACAACAUUUCAGAGUAUUUCAAUGAUUAAGAUGAUUCUAAUUUAUUUUUGCCUCGUUUCAAAUUAAUUAAAGAAUUUAGUAAGGAUGUAAAGAAUAUAUAAUCAUUUGUUCCUUUUAUUAGAGAAAGGGAUUAAAUGAAUCGUUUAGUAAGGAUUAAUUCAGAAAAAUAAAGAUAUCAUACAGAUCAUUCUCGAUCACCAACAAAUUAACAUCAUACUCCAGAUGGUCAUUGGCAUUUCAAUAAACAUUAUAUAUUACCAGAGAAAAGAAAAAAACCACUUUUGAAAUUCAAUUAUUAAACCAAAUUUGAACCUAAAAUUGAAUAAUGUUCCUAAAGAAUUGAUAGUAAACCUGAUUUAUUAGAGGAAACUAUUAAACCUAUGAAAGUAAAAUAAAAAAUUUAAUUUUUUUAACGCAAUAAUCUCAAAGCUAAGACUAAAAAAUUAAUGAAUUUAAAUAACUAAAAUUAAUUAACUGAUGAACCAAAGAAAUUUUAAAUUCAAGUUCCUACAGAUGUCUUAUAACCAUAUAUAAAUCAUGAAAUGGAAUAAAUGAAAUAAGAUCUUUUUUUUAAAGUAGAUAUGGAUUAUCAUUUCCCAAGUGAUUUAACAGAUAAACUUAUUUAAUAGAAAUAGUAAUUAUUUUAAUUAAUUAGUUAGACAUAUUGAAAAAUUAAAAAAAAGAUUAAAAGAAUGGGGUGAAAUGAAAUCGCCUGAGGAUAUCUAAGAUUUAAAGGAGUAUGCCAAAUUUAUAUUAUAGAAGAAUACUUGA